GUGGCAUUUACUACUGUUGCCCAGCUUGCACAUGAUAAGGCAGGAGAGAAGAGCUUAUAAAUCUGUGUUUGUAUUGGCGGGAUCUUGUCAACCCCCAUAUAAGGGCAAGUUAUAUGAAGUCGAAAUCCGUCAAGGAUCAGAAGGAACAGGAGGAGCCACUCACAUUGCUAAACAACCCGUGGCCAGGUUUUUUGAUCAAGAGGGUUUGCUGUUCUCGCGUCAAGCUGUCUUGCACGGUGCGAGCAUCUGCAGCCCCUCAACUCCCUCCAAGUUAUACAUGUUGCUAAAUAACCUACCCAUGCCCCUUGGCCCCCCUCCCUCCAUGACACCCGACUCAUUGAAGGGAUAUGUUUAUGACACACAGAGUAUGUCAUGGGGUACGUUCAGGUCCCCCAAGUCAUCUAAGCCAAUUGGAACCAUGAUUGCUGCGUAUGGAAAGCUUUAUUAUCUUGCAAGUCCAGCAUGCCUCGUAUAUGAGAUGCCAUCUCCACCCUUUGAGCGAUAUGAUCCCGGCGCAGACCGUUGGGAGACUCUCCCAAUUCUACCCUCCAAACCUGUGUAUUGUGAGGAGAUAGUUGGUUAUGCCGUAUGCUGCGGUUAUAUUUUGGUUUCAUUAUAUGGCAGCAAAGGAUUUAGAUUCAUGGCAUUUCACGUAACUCGAGAAAAAUGGUACCCUGUAAAGUCAGAAGUACCUCGUCGUGACCGGUGCGGUUAUCCUUUCCGGGGGAGGGCCGUGGUUGUGGGCGAUAGCAUCUAUGCCUCGUCCAACAGAUAUGGCGACGUUAUAGAGUUCAACUUCAAUUCUACUACCUAUUCGGUGAGCAGGCCAUUGACGUUGCCAGGUUUGAAAUGCCACACAGAGUCUGUGCAUUGCGACCCUACUAGAAGGCGAACGGAUUAUUUCGUUCACCUGGGGGGUUCAGACUUUUGCCUUGUCCAGACUGCCAUGGAGAGCUGCAGAAGUGAUUGUCAACCACUGUGGGUCACCACGUUCCGAAUCGUCGUUGCAAGUGGAGGAGGAAGCUAUAUCGAGACCUUGCAUUCAACGGCAUGUGAUGUGGACAUCGGCGGGGCUAGUUUCCAUAUUAGGUACAGCUUUGCAAAAGACGAGGAGUGCGAUGGUGUUGGACCCGUAGAAGAGGAAAAUGGUUCGGCCUCUGAUGCAGAUGCAGAAGACUACGGUUUUUCACCGGAUGAAGACGAAUCGAACAGCGAGGAGACAAGUGGGGAAGAUGACGAAGAUGAUAAAGAUUAUAUGAAAUAGGAGAAACAACUCGAGCGGGCUGAAAGUUGUAUCCAGGAGAGUUUGCUGUAAUUUACUCUUUUAUGUGUAACCUUUACUUCCGUACCAAAGAAGUUGGUCCAAGAUUUCGUUAGGGUUUCAUAACGAUGACAAGUUACGAUUAUUUUCCCUGCAUGUGAAUUUGUUAUCUUUGCGUUG